AAGCUCCCUCUAACUGUUGUACUUGACCCAACCGAACAAUAAACAACUGUUGGAAGGCUAUAAUAUGGUUGCUGCUUGUGAGUGUGAGGCUCAGCUAGCCACCAGCUCCCACUGACACUGUGAUACACAAUGACAUGAGGCUCCAGCGUCCCGUAGCAAAAUUAGUAGCUGAUGGAUUCUACAAAGAAGCGAUCUCCUUGUACUCUCAACUCCACUCUUCCUCCAUGCCUCCUGACCAUUUCACCUUUCCUCCUCUCCUCAAAGCAUGUGCCAAGCUUAAGUCUUCCCUCCAGGGCCAAAUUAUCCAUGCUCAUCUCACGAAGACUGGUUUUCACCCAAACCUAUACACAUUCACUGCUCUUUCUCACAUGUAUAUGAAGCUUAACCUUUUCCAUGAUGCACUGAAAGUAUUCGGUGAAAUGCAUGACCGAAACUUGGCCUCUCUAAAUGCCGCUAUUUCUGGGUUUUCACAAAAUGGGUAUCGCCAGGAGGCCUUUUUAUUGUUUAGAGAGGUGGGAUUGUGUGGGUUUAGGCCCAAUUCACUCACCAUUGCCAGUGUGUUGCCUGCUUGUGAUAGUGCUGAACACUGUAUGCAAAUGCAUUGCUGCGCUAUCAAGUUGGGUGUGGUAAUGGAUAUAUAUGUUGCAACGUCGUUGGUGACAAUGUACUCUAACUGCGGAGAGAUAAUUUUGGCUACAAAAGUGUAUGGUGAGAUGCCUAAUCGCAGUGUGGUGAGUCAUAAUGCUUUUCUUUCCGGGCUUUUGCAGAAUGGGGUGCCAAAUGUAGCCUUGAAUGUGUUUAAGGACAUGAGAAAAUGUUCAACUGUAAAACCCAAUUCGGUUACGUUGAUUUCUGUUAUUUCUGCUUGUGCUUGUCUUUUGCAUCUUCAGUUUGGGAAGCAGGUUCAUGGGUUCAUAAAGAAGACUAAGGUGAGUUGUGACACUAUGGUGGGGACUGCACUUGUGGACAUGUACUCCAAGUGCGGUCAUUGGAAAUGGGCAUAUGAAGUGUUCAUUGACCUAAACGGCAAUAAAAAUUUGAUAACGUGGAAUGCAAUGAUCACUGGGAUGAUGUUGAACGGUCAGAGUGACAUCGCUGUUGACUUGUUCGAACUUCUAGAAUCUGAAGGACUGGAACCUGAUUCUGCAACAUGGAAUUCAAUGAUUAGCGGGUUUGCACAAUUAGAGAAGGGGAUUGAAGCUUUUAACUUCUUCAAGAAAAUGCAAUUUUUUGGGAUAGUCCCAAGUUUGAAGUCUAUUACAAGCCUAUUGCCAGCUUGUGCAUCUUUAUGUGCUUUACAACGUGGAAAAGAGAUUCACGGGCAUGCUAUUAGAACUAAUAUUAAUACUGACGAAUUUAUGGCUACUGCACUCAUUGACAUGUAUAUGAAAUGUGGAUGCUCCUCAUGGGGACGGAGAGUUUUUGAUCAGUUUGAGAUAAAGCCCAAAGACCCAGCAUUUUGGAAUGCAUUGAUAUCUGGAUAUGGAAGAAAUGGAGAGAAUGAGUCUGUGUUUGAGGUUUUUGACCAGAUGCUGGAGGAGAAGGUGGAACCAAAUUCAUCAACUUUUAUUGCAGUUCUAUCUGCGUGUAGUCAUACUGGUCAGGUUCACAAAGGGUGGCAAGUUUUCAGGAUAAUGGCUAUAGACUAUGCCUUGAAACCAAAGCCAGAGCAUUUUGGUUGCAUGAUCGACAUGUUGGGUCGAUCAGGCAGGCUGGAUGAAGCUGUGAAACUAGUAGAAGAAAUGCCUGAACCUCCUGCUUCUGUUUUUACUUCCUUGCUCGGUGCCUGUAGGCAUCACUUGCAACCUGAGCUGGGAGAAGAAAUGGCCAUGAAGCUCAUAGAGCUAGAACCAAAGGAUCCAACUCCUUUUGUGAUUCUGUCAAACAUUUAUGCUCGAGUGGGAAGGUGGGGGGACGUAGAAAGAAUCAGACAACUAAUAGAAGACAGAGGAUUAAGAAAAUUGCUGGGAUAUAGUUCGAUUGGAGUUACAUAAGAAAGAAUUACAUCCAGUGAUAAAUGAUAAAACAGCUUUAGCUCCACAAUUCACUUCUCUUUGAUAAGCUCUUUUUACAUUUCUGCAUCACCAGAAGUUAUUAUAGAUUUUUACAGCAAAAGUAUCAAGCAUGCAACAUUUCUUUUGCCGAAAACCCAUAGUAUUUAUCAUAAUGGUUAGGGGGCUCAAAUAUGAAAAGAGAGAUCACAUCUCUGGGGGUUUUCACGCUAACAACUUCAUUUUCAUUGGCAGCAACCACAUAAAUCCUGUGAACUGACGUCAAAGAAAGACUCUGGAUCGCACUACAAGAGUUGCAUCUAGCUGGCAUGUUAUUGGUGGGAUGACAUUGACAAGCCGAUUUCUUGGAUUGUACUGAUAGUUCUCAUGAAAUCUGUUACUGAGAGCUGCCUGAAAGAAAAAUGGUUCUCAGCUAUAUUUUGUCUGCAGUACCUGAAACUGUUGAGAAGUUAAGGUUUGAGUGGGAGUUGCCUUAUAUCCCUUGUGCUAACAGCCUGUCCUGCGAUCCAAUAACAAGCUUGAGAAUCCAAAUGAAGUGGCUACGUGGGAGAGUACUUACUCGAAAAUACUCACCUCACUGGGAGACAGGAAAGGAAGUCUGAAAUCUGAAGUAGGUCAUGCAGCAGUUCAAUUGAAACAAUACCUUCCUUUGGCCCUCACUAGUCCCUGAAGCGUUGCAGAUUGCAUAAUAAUGUUCUUAAUAUCAGGUUUCCUGGUUCAAUAAGAGGUGCAACCUAUAUUUUGAUAGCAGAAGCAAGACGCUCAAUAUUGAACUAUCUUUUAGAACUAGAGGGAAAGGAGCCCAACUUUAUGAUUUGUGUACUGACAUCACCUGUGUGUGGCAAGAAAAAGAUGAACCCUAUUAUCCCCAUUGGUUCAACCAGUCAAAGAGUACCCAAUGAAGUGUGGCCUACAUCUUUGUUCACUGAAGAAAGAAACCUGCUGAUCUGUUACUGGAGCUAGUCAAAAUAUGAGUAUGAGAUUUCAGAUGCAUCCUGGACUCUCUGAAAGUGAACUUACGGUGGUUGAUUUUGUAGAAAGCCUUUUCCAAGUUGUCACUUGUCAGCAGCUGCAGGAGCAUCUUUUCCCAGCCCCUUAUCUGCAGCCAUGGCCCCCAACUACAACAGCACCAACUCCAGCGGCAGUUAGCCCGGCAAUUGCAGCUGGAACUGAUGGCCAGUGCUACUGUUCCAAGAGCGCCAAUAGCUCCGGCACCCACAUCAGCAGCUGUUGAAGUACUGGCUGAUAAGGGACAGCCCAAGUUCUGCACUCUUUAGUACCUAGAGAUCAGUUGCAGGAUAAUCUAUAAUUCCUAGGCUUAGAUCUUCCGUUCAAGCUAGUUCCUGCAUCAGGGUUUUUCACAGGAGCAGCCAUAAUUUUGCGUUCAGAUAAAAUCUUGAUAGCAUCAGCAAUGGAGGUUCUGCUGGAAUUUCAAUGGCUACAAAAAUGAUGAUGUAAAACACCAUUAGCAAUUAAGGAACAUUUCAUUUGGUUACUACCAAGUGCAGAAACAUUGCAAAAGCCGAAAGGUUACUGCAAUCACCUUUGCCUCUAGGAACUUGUGGGAAUGAGGAGACUGGAACCGUUGCAAAUGCAGAAGCUAUAGAAUGAUAAUUUUAUUUUCUUUCUAACAUACCCUAUUAGUGUAAUAAUAUUAGUAGAAAGUAUGUUAGAAAAACAUAAUAUAAAGUUCAUUAUUUUAACUA